AUGGAGCCAAGACGGGUAAAUGUACAAGGAUUGGCAUUCCCGUGGAUCGGCUAUGACAUCGGCGAUGUACGCUACUACGUCAACGCCAAAACCAAGGAGACGUCUCUCGACCUCACCUUAUCACCAAAGCCCAGCCAACGCGUUUAUGAUGAUGCCAACAUCCCGUACCCAUGGAUAGCAUUCGAGGCGAAGAGCCGCAAAUUAAACUACUAUUCGCACCCGGACGGAUCUUCCAUAUGGAAAAUCCCCAAUCCAGACCAAGGGGAUAAAGUUCCGAUUCCCCCGGCACUUGUGCCCAAGCCCAGCACCACUUCUACGGCGCCAUUUGAUCCCAGUAGCCGAAAAAAGCCCCACAAAAAAUCGGAAGGGAAUUUGGGGAAGCUGCAUCCAAAACUGCCGACAUUCAAAAAGAAGCAAAAUGAAAAGCAAAUACUCAACCUCAGCCCACUUAAGAAGGAGAAGUGUCGCAGUCAGAUCAAGAAACUCUUUGGUCAGGAUACCACUGAACCAGCUCCGAUUCCCGAAGAUGCAAUGGAAGUGGAUGGUCUCUUUCCGGCGGUGAAUGACAAGUUCAGCUUUAUUGUGACCUGCGAUACAUGCUCGCUGCUGCGAGAUCCAGGGAUCCUUCCGUUUCUCACGUCCCGCAAGAUCGCUGUUUUUAUCUCACGCACCGUCCAAAGCGAAUUAGAACGGCUGAAAAGAAAGCCGGAGCUUAUGAAGACUUUGGCAUGCGUGAACAAUGUACUACGUGGAAUGACCUCCCCGCUGUCAGUUACAUACUCAGAGCUGGCCAUCCUGGAACACUCUGGCCGCGUCGAUACGGCUUCCGACAAUGACGGCAAAAUUUUGCAGAGGGCCUUGGAUUUGAUCAAAUUAGUAGAGGGGACUUGUCCUCUAAAAGUGAUACUACUCACCGAAGACAACAUCUUUGGCGUGAGAACCAAUUCAUACAGCGAUCAAGGGCUUAUCAGCCUAAACGUCAAGAAUCUACGGCGACUCGUGCUCCACGAAGAGGAACGCAUUGGCGGCCUGGCCAAUUUUGAGCCAUCAUUGGAUGCUGUCACGAUUAGCAUGCUGAGGACCAAACUGCGCACCAGCGAGGCGGAACUACCGAGAGAAAAGAUCCCUGCAACCGGAAGAGUCUCUAACGUCGCAUCACCCGUUGCCCGUCACAUUCCCCAACACAAGAGAGCCCAGGCGCAGGCGGACCCUGGAAAGGAAGAAGCAAUCGUAGAUGAAUUCACUCGUUUUUUGGAAGGCGUCGUUAACGAGUUGACUUCUCGCUUCAAGGCGGCCCCAAACUACGGGCGAAAAGUUGAGAUCAGCGCACAUAUGCGACGGCUACAGCGUGUCGCACACAAUUUCGCUACCUCACGGGACCGACGGGAUUGGUUCGUCUUCAUCGAAGCCUUCGAAGAAGUAUACAUCUCGCUCGAAGGAGAUCGGCAAAUCUUGGAGAAUUGGAAGGCCCCCGAGUCGAGGCAUCUUCUUCUGACCUACUUGGAAGAGCAUCGGCUCGAUGUGAUCGCCCACAUUUCGGUCUUUGCCAAUGACGAGCAACACAUAUUGAAGGCCGACUACUUCGAUGAUUUGAUCGAAACGGAU